AUGAUUUUCACCCGCGGCAUCAGCUUGACCAACUUCUUCGUCGCCUCCUCCGCCCUGUGCUUCCAGGUGUUCGUCCUAUACCCCUGGCACAAACAGCUCGACGAGGCCUUCGAGGACCUGAAAAAGGAACAUCUGCGGGUUCUGAACACCGAGGCGUCCCGCAUCGAUGAGCUGAAGAAGCUCCAGAACCAGCUCGUUGAUCUCCAGGAGAAGAGAAAGAAGUGGUGGGCUUGA